AUGUUGAGAUUCCAUGAAGAUAAAGGAAUAACUGCUCGUGGAGUAGAUCAACUUUCAGCAAGAUUUACUGGAACUUGUGAACAAAAUAAAGGAAUUUACAUUAAUCUGAGUAAAAGAGGAAAUGAAGAAUAUUUAUUAACUCAUCCUGUAGCCAGUGUGCAGGGUUGGUUAAAAGCUUCACUAUAUAUAGUUGUUGGUGAAAGCUGUAUUAUAACUUGUCCAAAGACAAAAUUGAAGGCAAUAUUAGAAUAUAAAGAAGAGCGAUGGCUUGGAAAACCAAAAUUUGCCAUAGAAGGCAAGAUAUUUAAAUAUGAUCCGAAGAAUGAUGAUAAAAAAAAAUUGAAGAUAAUUAACGAAAAUGAUGUUUUAGCCGAAAUCACUGGUAGUUGGCGUGGACAAGUCCAUGCAACAAGACUGGAUACCAAUGAAACAAAAUUACUUUUAGAUAUGGAAAAGAUAUUCCCAAUUCCAAAAAAAGUCAAACCAAUUUCAAAACAAAGACCACUCGAAUCACGUAAUGUUUGGAAACCUGUCACAACAGCUUUAUUUCAAAAAGACUAUACAAAGGCUACAAAAGAGAAACAAAUAAUAGAAGAAAGGCAAAGACAAAAGGCUGCAGAAUAUAAAUCUAAUAAAGAAUUCAAUGCUGCUUAUUUUAAAUUACCAGUUAUUGAUGGUAAACCUAAUUUAAAUGAUGCAGGACAUUCAGCAAUGAAACAAGAACAUCAAUUCAUAUUUUAG